UUUUGCUUUUUAUAUAUAUGAUCCCAGAGAUAUACUCUUUGCUACUCUGGUUUCUCCGAGAGUCCCUCGUUCUUCUCCGAAAUCAAGGGCUUUGCUAGAUAAGCCAUGGCUCUUAGUCAGACUGCUCAUUUUGCUCUUGCUGUGGCAUUCUUUGGAUCACUGGCUUUUAUUUUGGGCGUAAUUGCUGAAAAUAAGAAGCCGCCUUUCGGAACGCCAAUUCCAGGAAAAGGUGUGAUUGUUUGCAGCUACCCGAGCGAUCCGACUAUCGCAUUGGGUAUCUUAUCUGUAGUGUGUCUUUUCGUUUCAACAGCCAUUGGCUUUGUUUCUGUGUUCUACCCAUACAAAGGGAAGCCUAUUGAAAAGAAGGUUUUGUUCCAGAAUACUACAUUGCUUGUAUUCUUCAUUAUUGCGAUGGCAGUGUUUGCUCUAGCUGAGGGAAUGAUGAUGUGGGCUACCAUCACCGAAGGCCUUCAUCUAUCCCGCAAAGUGCAUCAUGAUCUUCAGACAAAAUGCCCGACUGCGAAGACCGGCCUCUUUGGCGGAGCAGCAUUCUUGGCUCUUGAUGCUGCUCUGUUCUGGCUUGUCUGCCAAAUGCUGACACAGAAUGUGAGGGCUGAUCACUUCGAAGAGGACGAUCCGAAAGGUGACUAUGGGCAAGUGCUUGCCACCGAUUACGACACCAAUGGACUCGGCCAGGCAGGAGGCAAAGUGUGAUCCAAAAUUGGGAUCAUUAGGGUGCAAAGACUUUGUCAUUGAUAUUACUACCAUUUGUAGCUAUCUGGACAGAAAUGAAGUUAUAUAUGCUCUGUAGUUUGUCAGGUUUGUGUUAAGUAAAGAAUCAGAACUAAGAAAUCAAUAAGAUCAUCUUGGUGUUAAAUACA